AUGUACAUAUUUGUAGAUAAAAUUCCUAGCAAGUAUUUAGGUCGAUUAUGGUUUAUACAUGUGAUUCAUGACUCAUUGGAAUUGUAUUUGGAAGAAGGGUAUUUCACCAGAGAACAAGUUGAUUUGGUAAGAAGGGCUUAUUUAGAUUUGUGCAAGCAGUUAAGAGAACAGGUUAUACCACUUGUUGAUGCUUGGGGACUGCCUGAUUUUAUUAUUAAAGCUCCAUUAGGAAGAUAUGAUGGUGACAUUUAUACAGCAUACUUUGAUGUAAUUAGAUCUGCACCUAAUUGUAUUGGUGUACCAAAAUAUUGGCAAGAUCAUAUUAAACCAUUAACUAGUUCUACCACUAAUUUCUAA